UGGACCAGAAGGGUUUUUGUGACCAGUUGUGCGUCUGUUAGUUGGCCGGUGAACCAUUUGAAGCAUCCUCAACACAGGUUCUAAUCAAAACCUUUUACCAGGGAUCCACCGGGAAACUAUUUUGCUUCAAACAGCAACGUAAAAGCUGUGAUGGUGUUGUCUGCUUACGCAUUGGCAGUUAUCUUCUUCUGGAGAGGAAUCGCUGCAAAAUUAGUUGUUCCACCAUGUGACCAGCACAUGUUUGACAGCGGUGUUGACAACUGCCUGUCAGACUUCAACAAGAGCAUGGAGACAAGUGGCUAUCAGGACAGCUGCCCAUGGCCUACAGAAAUACGCAUCUACAACAAACUGAAAAGGUGCGUGGACGACUGGGCAAAGGAGUCUUGGUGUAAGGGUCACGGAUUUCUGAGAGACACAGUCUUCUUGGAGGUUCAUAAGAUGUACUUUCGACUCUGUGGACAGGUCCAGGACCCCCCGUCCACCACUCUCAUUGUGUUGAUAGCACCUGUUAUCAUCAUCACACUCUUCCUACCAAUUCUCUGUGUUAAACUCACCACCUGGAACACCAAUUAUGUCAGCACCUUUAAGCUCUGAUGUGCUGAGCUGACAAAGAAACUGGCAGUUUUUUUUCAGCAUGGAACUUAUUCUCAUAACUGUGACCAUUCUCACAGUGAGUCAUGAUAACUUUCACACCGUUCUCACUCCCAAUUUGUACAUGUUGGUUUUGCACGUGCAGUGCUGCCUCUAGUGGCUGUAGUUAUUAUGGCCGCAGUUAAAGAGGAAGUCAGGUGAGGUUGUUUAAAGAGCGACAAAUCCGCAUUGGGAGAUCAGGGUGGAUGGAUGGGUCCAACAAAUACAGGCACUUAGAAGCAAGCGCGAUAUGGAGCUACAUAGGAUUUGUGGCUGAUUGGCAUAAGUCUCUUGUUGCCAAAAGUUGCCGAUUGAUUGAUUGAUGGAUUGAUGUCAUGAUAAUAUUGGUUGAACCUGGUUGGUACUAUGCCUACCUCAGGUAAGCACACUUCAUAUUUUGUUUUACAGUAAGGAACGAUGAUUGUAUUCUGAUAUGAAAAUACAUAUCAUAAAAUAAAAAUGAAGAUUUCUUUUUUUUUGUCUUUACACAUUGUUUAAAAGAAGCACAAAAUGA